UCAUCUCCAGCACCCUCCUCUUCCCCUACCACCGCCUGCUCGCACUCCUCUCCAGCCGCCUAGGAAAGCAUCUCGCGACUCCGAAACCCAUGCCGAAAUACUACCACGACGACCCCGCGUGGUCCGACAUCGAUCCGCUCCCACAGGAUGACGGCACGCUGCAUCCGCUGGCUGCGAUUGCGUACACGGAGGAGUAUAGCGAGGCCAUGGGAUAUUUGAGGGCGGUUAUGGCGAAGAAUGAGUUUAGUGAGAGGGUGUUGGGGCUUACGGAGCACAUUAUCUCCAUGAAUCCGGCGCAUUAUACGGUUUGGCUCUACCGCGCCAAAACCCUCUCCCAGAUCAACGCGUCUCUCCGCGACGAAAUCGCCUGGCUCAACCCGACCGCGCUCAAACACCUCAAAAACUAUCAGAUCUGGCACCACCGCCAGACCAUCAUCGACGCGCUCGACUCCCCCGACGGCGAAGCGGACUUCAUCGCGACCAUGCUCGAACAAGAUGCAAAGAACUACCAUGUGUGGAGCUACCGGCAGUGGCUGGUCAAGCGGUUUGGGUUGUUUGAUGAUGAGGAGGAGUUGAGGUGGACGGAGAGCAUGAUUGAGAGUGACGUGCGGAAUAACUCGGCGUGGAACCAUCGUUGGUUUUUAGUUGUAGGGGGCCGAGAUGGACAGGCCAUUGGAGAGGAUGUCGUGGCUAGGGAGAUUGACUAUGCCAAACGAGCGGUUCGGAAAGCGCCACAGAACCAAUGCCCUUGGAACUAUCUCAAAGGCAUCGUUCGACACGCCCAGCUCCCGAUCUCUACACUGAAAGACUUCGCCCUCGAAUUCGCGGAUAUGCGGCGACCGGAUGAUAUCUACUCUAGCCAUGCACUGGACUUGCUGGCUGAUAUCUACGCUGAACAAGAGAGCAAGGAGGAAGCGGAGCGCGCGUUGCAUCUCUUGGCGACCAGGUUCGACCCGAUCCGGGCUCAUUACUGGAACUACAGGAAGAGUUUGCUGGAGCAGGCUGGGACAGCGGCGUAAUGCGUAAGAGAAGGUGCGGAAAAGUGGCCCACUGUGCAUUGAUACCCGGCUGGCGUUGUGUGAUUUUUCCAAAAGGCUUUCGGAGGCUCAGUCGGCUCAUGCGAAGUAUCUUGAUUUGAAGCUUUUAUGCUUAACUAACCUCAAUACUAUGCCGAUGACACUGGAGGUCUUCCACAUGCGAUAGCAGUGCAUCCCGGAUGGUCUCGCACUAUGACUCUUCCAUCUCUUCUAGGUAACUACUAGCAAAUAGCCAC